AUGAACGGUACAUUAUCUCGUUUUUCCAGAUGGUCUUCACGGCUCCCUCCUGCUUCAUUGUCGUCAUUAGCGCCUAUUGAAAAUAGACGCCCUAGUGGUGCUUUGGCAGGCAUCAGACUUAUGACGAACCUGCAACAACGUCCUGCCUUGCUUACGACCCAACCGUUCUGCCGUCCAACCUUACUUACCUCUCGCCCUGGGUACUCUGGUAGCUCUACUUCCAUUCGCGCCUUUUCGCUUUGGCGUAUUCCAAUCAUGUUGAUGACGGCAGGAAAAACAAAACGCAGAAUUGCCCUAGCCACCACACUAGGCGGCAUGACGCUCGUGAGUGCAGUAGCGGGACCUGUGGUAUGGUUGGUGGUCGGGGGUAUCGCAUCGAUUUUGGCCUGGCGAGUAUGGCGUCAGACAUCGGUUUGGUGGAAGGUACUUGCUCCACCUGCAAUGACAGUCGCGGGUGUGGCGUCCAAGGCUGGGAAUGGGAUUUUUGAUCUUCUCAAGGCACACGUGGGAACCCACCGGGCGGCCGAUCAAGUCCAAAAGGAAGCAAUUUCGCAAAUAAUGAAGUGGGCAGAUACGCCAAUGGGCCGGCGGGUCCUGACUGAGGAAUUCAAUGCAGAUCACAUCAAGGAUCUUAGCUUCUUGCCGGUUCACUCGUCAUCCUUUAGUUCCCAGACCAUCAAAGAAAACAACAAGACCAAAUUCGAUGUACAGCGUGUAGAGAUCCAGUUCUUUGCGGAGGAUGAUGCAACUCCAGGAGACAGAGGGGGCGGGUGUAUAGUACGUGCGGUGGCGACUAUUGAUGGAAACGGAAAGAUCCGAAUGGAAGACAUCAGACUGUCUGCGCCUGACUGGACGUCUGAAGAGAGGAUUCCGAUUGAAUCACUACCGUAUGGAGAUGCACCACAUCGAAGGAUUAUUGAAGGAGAAUUCAAAGAUGUUUAA